CUCUAGCUCACUGACACAACGCCUCUCCUUCUCCUCCUCCGAAGGCCAAAGAGCAUUUCUCAAUCAUGGCGGAACAGACGGAAAAGGCUUUUUUGAAGCAGCCGAAGGUGUUUUUAUGUUCCAAGAAGUCCGGGAAGGGUAAAAGGCCUGGCAAAGGUGGAAACCGUUACUGGAAAAGCAUUGGUUUGGGGUUUAAGACGCCCAGGGAAGCUAUGGAAGGUACCUAUAUUGAUAAGAAAUGCCCCUUCACUGGAAGUGUCUCCAUCAGGGGCCGUAUUCUUGCAGGUACCUGCCACAGUGCUAAGAUGGUGAGAACAAUCAUUGUUCGCCGCAACUACCUUCAUUAUGUGAAGAAAUAUCAGAGAUAUGAGAAGAGGCACUCUAAUAUACCUGCCCAUAUUUCUCCAUGUUUCCGUGUGAAGGAGGGGGACCAUGUGACCAUUGGCCAGUGCAGACCUUUGUCCAAGACCGUAAGGUUCAACGUAUUGAAGGUUAUGGCUGCUGGAUCCUCUGGUGGGGGGAAGAAGGCUUUCACUGGAAUUUAAGACUCAUGUCGUAGCAGUAGAAAGGGCAAAUUAUCAAAGGCCAAUCUGUAGUUUUCAACUCUGCUUUGGUGUUCUGGAAUUUCGAGCUUUAGAUUGAGAUGUAGGGAAAAAAAUAGCCAUCUUUCAUAUAUUUGUUUGUAUGGGCUCUCUUUUUGAUCUGCAGCUUGUAGCAUUCUUGUUUAUGGUUUUUAGUUAUUUUGAUGCUAGACAGGAUAGGUCUUCUUUUUGUUUUUGUUGGUGG